GUCGGGCGCGCAGUGCUCCUCGCGCAGGACCGGAGUGGUGUUCACUCGGCGGCGCGCCACGGCGCGACAUGCCCAGCUGAUGUUUAUUUAUACCGCGAGCUCGGAGGAGGGUGCGUGCGGAGGGCCCUCCCCGCGGCAGCACGGCGCCGCGUGAUGCAGCCGAGCGAGCUCGACACCGCGCACGCCGCUAGCGGAAACCCCCCGCAGCGUGGCCUCAACGGUGGCCGGUUCGACUUUGACGAUGGUGGAACAUAUUGUGGUGGUUGGGAGGAUGGCAAGGCCCACGGUCACGGUGUGUGCACAGGACCUAAAGGCCAGGGCGCCUACGCUGGCUCCUGGCACUUCGGCUUCGAAGUUUCCGGUGUCUACACCUGGCCCAGUGGCAGCUCGUUCGAGGGCCAAUGGCAGAACGGCAAGCGGCACGGGCUGGGCGUGGAGACGCGCGACCGCUGGCUGUACCGCGGCGAGUGGACGCAGGGCUUCAAGGGUCGCUACGGCGUGCGCCAGAGCACCACCAGCAACGCCAAGUACGAGGGCACCUGGGCUAGCGGCCUCCAGGACGGAUACGGCUCCGAAACCUACGCCGAUGGCGGAACAUACCAAGGACAAUGGAUGCGAGGUUUGCGGCAUGGGUACGGUGUGCGUACCUCGGCGCCAUUUGGACUGGCGUCGCAUUACAGAGGCAACGCGGGCGCGAGGCACGGCCACCGAGGUUCGCUGUCGUCGCUCACCGAGGCGGCCGGCACGCCCGAUCCCAGCGACCGCCGCGCCACCAGGAUGGACGACGCCAGGGGCGGCUUCGUCCUCAAGGCCAGCUCCGAUGAGCCCACCCGAAGGGGGUCUCUCGUCGAGAAAACGAAAAAGGGACUAUUAUCGAAGUUGCGCAAGCAGCGCAGUGCGGGUGAGCUGGAUAAGCGCGGGACGGCGUCAGUGCGGUCGGGCGGCUCCGGCGGCUCGGGCUCCUCCUGGGUCUCCUCGGUGGAGAGCGCGCACUCCGCUGUCACGCACGCCUCGCUGCAAACCAACUCCAACGCCAGCUUCGUUGUAGAGGAUGAACAUUUAGACGCCAGUGUAACGGAAACUUAUAUGGGUGAAUGGAAGAACGACAAGCGUACAGGAUUCGGUGUUAGUGAACGAAGCGAUGGUCUCCGGUACGAAGGCGAAUGGUUCGCGAACAGAAAAUACGGUUACGGAGUGACUACAUUUCGGGACGGCACACGAGAGGAAGGCAAAUACAAGAAUAAUGUACUCAUCACAAGCCAGAAGCGAAAACAUAUGUUCCUUAUGCGCUCAGCUAAAUUUCGAGAACGGGUCGACUCGGCGGUCAACGCAGCACAACGCGCUUCAAAAAUAGCAAUGCAAAAGGCCGACAUUGCUAUCUCCAGAACUGCGACCGCGCGAGGAAAGGCCGAACAAGCUGACGAAGCGGCAGACCAAGCAAAAGAUGACUGUGAUAAUGCACAAAUGACUGCGAAGCAAUUCGCACCCGAUUUUAAGCAUCCCGGUUUUGACAGAAUAGGAUUAAGGGAAAGAUACAGACAAAAGAAUUUUGACGUACCUCUUACGACGCCCAUAUUGCAAGAAUCUGACAAGAUCUUGGAUGGAAAGAGCAUUCCAAAUCAUAUCCCUCCGACGCAUCCCCAAAUUCCUCAGACUAAUAGAGUUCCAAACGCUGUUCCUUCCAGACGACCUUCGGCACAGUAUACUAAUGCACCUUAUCCCAAACCAGUCCAAUCCAUAGAUCCAAGACUUGCAAAUAAUACUAGUUACAUUACAGAUAAUAGGACAGGUGGACCCUCGUAUGAUUCGUAUAAUUAUGGACCAAACCAAAGUAGUCAAGAUAGUUGGUCAUCACCGAAUGUACAGUCUGACAAACCAUAUAUGCCUAAUGAUCAAAUAAAUGCAUAUGGAACCACCUCCCCGAGUGGUGUGCAAACACAGCCUUCUUUGUAUCGUUUAAAUAGACAGGACGCUUUGCAACAACCACCUAAUAUGGAUCAAAGUAGUCAACAAUACGUUAAUCAAGGACGUAGGCUUUCUUCAGCUAAUAGACAAAUACCAAACCAGAGACCAACUCAAGAAUGGAAUUCUCAAAUUGGUCCAAGGAGACAAAGCAUACUAGCUCAACCUACGAGCGGAGCUCAAGAAAACACAUAUGUGGACGCGGCAGCUGCUGCGUAUGGGCGAAAUGAAUUUCGAAGUGGAACUGUGCAUUCCGAAGGACCUCUCGAUAGACAAACGAUGGAUCCUGAUUCACAAGUUUAUAGACAAAAUGUAGAUAACCAAGGAUAUCGACAAGCUCUCGACCAGCAAGGAUAUAGACAAGUUCCCGAUCAACAAAUGUACCGUCAAGGGCCUGCCGACCAACAGCAAUAUAGACAGGCGAACCAGAUAGAACAAGAGAUGAAUGGGGUAGCCCGUGCUCCAGGUCAACGACCUUCUAUAGAUUACUUCGACCAUUACAAAAGGCCGCCUAGCCGCGACGGGAGUGUAGAUCGUUACGGCCGACGAUCUCGCCAGCCGUCGGUGGAAGCAAGUGCGCCGAGCGGCGGCUCGCGCGCGGGGUCUGUGGCGCCGCCGCCCGCUUCACGUCCUGCCUCGCGCGCCGCUACGCCUGCUGGCAAUGGCCAUCUAGCGUCUGGCCGCGGCUCUAUUUCCAGAGCGAGUUCUCGAGAAAACCAACCCUUUGAAGAAUCACUAUUGCGAAAAAGAACUUUAGGGCAAGAAAUAUCUCCAUCACCUUAUCAACCCAAGAGGACGGAGAGCUUAUUCGUGCCACAGAAUCCAGCACCACCGCCUCCUGCGCCCAUGGCUGGAGGAGGGGGACGAAAGAUGCUGAGCACGCCGCAGACGCUGCAACGCAAGAAGUCGCUGCCGGACGUGGCGGGCAUGCCGCGCGCGCCCGACGCCAUGUCGCGCGAGGAGGUCUCCGCGCUGGGCUCCGCGAGACGCGAGGAGGUGCGCCGCAUGCACGAGGAGACUGAGAAACUGCGCGCCAACCCUCUGCUCUACUUGGUCAGUCCGCAAGUCAAGGACUGGUUCUCCCGGCAGCAGCUGGUGAUCCUGGUGUUGUUCAUCAACAUCUCGCUCGGCAUCAUGUUCUUCAAGCUGCUCACGUAGCGCCGGCCGGCGGCGCGCGCGCGCCUUUUCUCCUCCACUGUAUACAUCCAAAUAUUGUAAAUAUUUGUACACCCUUGGUCGAGACUAAACUUUUGUUUCAUGUGCAAAAUGUUAACUUUGCUAUUUAUUAUGACCCUUUUUAUACGAGUUACCAUUUUAAUUUUAAAAAUAUCGUAUUUAUUUGUUGAUAAGGACUUCGGUUUGCUAGUGUACUUUUCUUUGACGUUGUGUAAGUGUGCAAAGAAUGACAAGAAUUUCAAGUGCAAUUUUAUAAGCUCCACCUGUCAAACUUUUACAACUUUGUGAUGCGAGUGAUAUUCUGUGACCACUGGACUGUCGAGUGUAAGGAGCACGAGUUAUUAAUGGACCUGCAUAUUGUAGGUUUGAUAUGCUUUCGAAAUGAUGCUUGAUGUCUUUUUUUGCCUUGUUUCGAAUACAAAACACAACACUGGCUUAAGUACCAUGAAACUCCUUUGUCGAAAAUUAUUUGUUAUCAGUUCCAUAUUUUUCAUACAUUCGCAUUUUAACGUUAUCUAAAUACGUUUUAAUUAACUACUCCAUAGAGUGAACAUGUUGAUAUAAUUCUUUAUAUUGACAUGAUAAACAAACAUGUUUAAUGUAGUUUUGAUGAAACUCUUUCCAUUAGUUGAAAGCUAUCCUGGAGUGAUAUUAUAGCACAAACUUUGAUAGAAUACGAAUAGUAAUUUUAAAGUGUACAUAAAUGAAUUUAAAGGAUCUUUACAAAUGUACUUAUAUACAAAAAGAACUAGCCUACUUGAUUCGCUUGUAGGCAUUACAUGGAAAAGCGUAUGCUUUAUUUUCCUAUACUGUAAAAUUUUAAAUUAUAGUUAUUAAAAUUUAAAUAUGUACUUAUAAAAUCUGUCUAGAUCAUUAUUACCCCAGUUUUAUACAAAAUGUAUGCUUCGUUUUAUACCUAUGACGUCAAUUCUCUUAAAAUUGAAGUUUUUGUAUAAAUAAUAAAUCUAUAAAAGUUAUUUACUAUAUUAAUUGAUAUAUUGGCAUGGGAAUCUUGCGAAUGAGACUGUUGACGAGUUCUGUACAACGAAAGUUGUGGAAAGACGAGCAUUCUUUGAAUGGAUGGAUAUAUUAUAUAAACAUUUAUAAGACAAUUUUCACAGUUUCAUUAUUAUUAUGUAAAAAAUAUAAGUUAUUAUCUCUAAGAAUUUUAAUUACUUGUAUCAAUUUUAUCUACGUUUCACAAAUAAAAUAUUUUAACAAAACUAAAUAGAA